UGCUGUUCUCUUUAAUUAAGCUCGUCUAAUUAGAAGAAACAUCUAGUAAGAAAGGACAACACCCGAAUCACAGCUUUAUUGAAAAAACAUUAGUUUGCAGGUAUUUCUCUUUUCUUUGUCAGAAAAAAACAUAUCUUAAUUUAGAAGGUAUUUCUUUUUCGGAUUAAAAGGUAUAGUUAUAAGUAAGGCAUUAUUGAAAAUUUAUGUUUAAGAGUACGUUACUCAAAAGCAUUUAAUAUAAACAAUUGUAGUCAACUAAUAAUUAAUUUCUUGCAUAACUAUAUUCUAUGUUUUCAUUUGGCGGCAUUUAGAUUACCAUUAAUGGGUCUCUCCAUCUACUACUUCGCCAGUUACACAUUUACAAAAUAAUUUAGACUACCACUGAUGGUCUUUCGGGAUAUAAAUAUUUGUUAGAUAAUUACUACUUAGCUAAAGAUUAAUUCACUAAUCCUUCCCGCCUUUUCAUCCCUCCUCUUAACUUCCAUUUGACACAUAUUACACCUUGUUGACUAGCUAAUUAUAUUAUUAUCAGUCUUUGCUAUUUAGAUAUUAUCUUUUAGUGGAAAUGUGUUGCUUAUAUUGAAAAAUGAAAUUAAAGACUGACAAAAAUUAAUGAGUUUGAUACCCAAAAAAAAUAAAAUAAUGAGUUUGUUGCCAAACAAGUAAUCUUUAGAAAAUUGUUGGAUAUUAUUAUAUAAUCGACUUAUAUUCUUCAAAAAAAUAAAGGCGUCAUAUAGAGUAUAUAUAUAUAAUUGGAAGGAUUUUGGAGAAAUAUUGAUAUGAAAUUUAGUGACUAAUAGGGAUGGAUACAUAUAGUAAUCAAUUAAAUAUCAAUAUUUUGUAUUUAUCAUAUUUUGUAGUUUUUCUUAUAUAGCUUUUUUAUUUUUGACUUAAAAGACAUAAAUUUUUAUUUUGUAUAAACUAAAAAAAAUUGAGAACUAUAACGUUAAUUUAUAAACAAAAUAUCAGAAUUAAUGGAAUUUAAUGGCUCAUUGAGUUUAUAUUCCUUAGUUUACUAGCUAAACUUCUCUCAUAUUCCUUGUUACUAGCUAAACUCACUCCUUUGUGUUCUCCUCUCCAUUCUAUUAAUCUUCUCUCUCUUUUUUUUUUCCAUGGAGCACCGGCGCAUUGCCCACGGAGCAGCGCCUCCGUUGACCGCCGUAGAGAGGUUUUUAUACGGCCAAAACAAUGAUGCCUUGAGUACCAAUAAACAAAAGGGUCCAAAAGAACGACACCCACCGAUCGUGAGAAGGACAGCGGUGACUGAGAUUGUAAACGAUAACAAAGAGAACACGACGUUUGGUCCAAAGAAGGAGAAACACUUGGUCGUUCAUGGCCGAAGCCCUAAUGGGGGCAUGGUCGUUAAAGAUGCAAUCACGAAGAAGCGACCAUACAAGAAUCUUAUUAAAGGGCAAUGGACAACGGAAGAAGACAGAAAGUUGAUCAGGUUGGUAAGGCAACAUGGGGAGAGGAAAUGGGCAAUAGUCUCGGAAAAACUUGAAGGAAGAGCAGGCAAACAAUGUCGUGAGAGAUGGCAUAAUCAUCUCCGUCCUGAUAUCAAGAAAGAUGGAUGGAGUGAAGAAGAAGAGAGGGUUCUUGUCGAAGCACACACAAGAAUCGGGAACAAGUGGGCAGAGAUCGCCAAGCUCAUACCUGGACGCACCGAGAACUCUAUCAAGAAUCAUUGGAACGCGACUAAACGACGCCAAAACUCAAAACGCGAAAAGAAACGCCAAGCAAACGCUGAUAACAAUGAUAGCGAUCUCUCUCCACCAGCUAAAAGGCCUUGCAUUCUCCAAGACUACAUCAAAAGCAUCGACAACAAUAACAAGGACAAUGACGAUAACAAGAAUGAGAACUCCAUCAGUGUUUUUUCUACACCGAAUCUUGAUCAGAUCUAUUCUGAUGGAGAUUCUGCAUCAUCGGUCCUUGGCGAUCCGUAUGAUGAAGAGCUGGUUUACCUACAAAACAUCUUUGAAAACCACCCGGCUUCUCUUGACAACAUUGGUUUGAGCCAAACAUCUGGUGAAGUGAACCAGUCUUCAUCAUCUGAGUUCAUGAUCAAGAACCCUAACCCUAACUCCCACAACGUUGUUCAGACUCAUCAUCAUGAUCAGGCACCGGUUGCGGUUCCUCCGAAUACUUCGCACCUUGCGUCUGAUAUCUACUUGUCUUACUUGUUGAAUGGUACGACGCCGUCCUACGCCGACCCUUAUUUUCCGUCUUACUCAUCUUCCACGUCAUCCACCACUGUAGAGCAGGGAGUCCAUAACGAGUUGCUUGUGCCUCAAGCUAACUCCACCAGCGAAAGGAGAGAUAUGGAUCUGAUAGAGAUGAUCUCUGCUUCUACUCAAGGGAGCAACAACUCCUUCCCAUUGUUCUAGCUGCCAACAUGAUCAUGUGAUACUAUGCGAUCAUCAUUAUGAUACUAUGCGAUCAUCAUUAUGAUCAUUCUCUAUCUUCUCUUCUUUUGUUUAAUGAUCUGUUUUCUUAAAAAAUUCCCUAGAUCAUAAGAUACAAGCUUCUUCUCGUA